UAGGGGGGCGGGGCGCGCGUCGCGGCGGCCGCUGGCGGGCCAACGGCUCCAUGGAGCGCUACGCCAGCGCCCUGGAGGAGUCAGCGGAUGGCACCCGACAGCAAGAGCGGCACUACCAGCUGUUGUCGGCCUUGCAGAGCCUGGUGAAGGAACUUCCCAGUUCUUUCCAGCAGCGCCUGUCCUACACCACACUCAGUGACCUGGCGCUGGCGCUUCUCGACGGCACUGUGUUCGAGAUUGUUCAGGGACUGCUGGAGAUCCAGCACCUCACCGAGAAGAGCCUGUACAAUCAGCGCCUGCGGCUGCAGAACGAGCACCGAGUGCUCAGGCAGGCUCUGCGGCAGAAGCACCUGGAGGCCCAGCAGGCCUGCCGGCCCCACAACCUGCCCGUGCUCCAGGCCGCUCAGCAGCGCGAGCUGGAGGCAGUAGAACAUCGGAUCCGGGAGGAACAGCAGGCAAUGGAUCGCAAGAUCGUCCUGGAGCUCGACCGGAAGGUGGCUGACCAGCAGAGUACACUCGAGAAGGCAGGGGUAGCUGGCUUCUAUGUGACCACCAAUCCACAGGAGCUGACAUUACAGAUGAACCUGCUAGAACUCAUUCGGAAGUUACAGCAGAGGGGCUGCCAGUCUGUGAAGACAAUCCUAUGACCAAAUGGUGUUACCCUCAAAAGAUAGGGAACUCUAGAGGAUGUAUCGUGUAUCACAGAAAAUCCACUAUUCUCCUGGUCUUUAGAGAAGAAACUGGAAAUACAUGGACAGCAAUUUCAGUGACCAGGGUUACCCAAGCAGCAGUCUUCUGUACUAACAAAUUUCUGGACGCUAAUUGGUGCCACUUUGAGCAUCUCUUAUAAGAGCAGAAGCCAAAGGUAACUUGUAUGAAUCUCAUGAUGUCUAUAAAUUUAGUAUUAAAAUAUUUAUACAAGUUUUUCUUUUCCUGAAAGCGUGUAUACAUUUUUGGUAGAUUCUAUAUGGACUACAUGUAGAUGUUGGAGACUUAGUAGGAGAAAAUAAUGGAAAAUUAACUUGUAUGUGUGUGGUGCAGGCAGAGAGCACUGAACCCAGGAUGUUGUGCAUGCUAAGCUACAUCCUGGGACUUGUAAUGUAUUAUUAAAGUUAACUUCAUCUUUUUAAAAUUUGGCUACCAGAGAAUUUUGAUUGUAUCUGGGACUCCUACAUUUUUCUUAGGACUGCUCAGAUGUUGGGGUGGUGAUUUCCAACUGUCUAGCCUCCUGUUUUCAUACCACUCCUUACAGGGUGUUACCAAACUUCAGUGUUUCAAGUAUCUAUGUGUUGAAGUUGCCCACAUUUUCAUCUCUAGCUUCCUGAAUCCAGGUAUCUGGGCUUUGCCCAUCCACCCCAGCACACUAGCGAGCCUAUGCACCCCCACCCCCGCCAACCUCAGGGUACGGUCAGCAUGGGCUUCCUCAUACCUGCUAAAGCUACUGGCCAGGACUCUGCUUCCUCCCUCCCCCAUCCUGUCCUCACCACCAUGUCGAGGCCCCCAGCCCUGCUCCAGGCUCCCUAGAACACCCAGGAACUCUGCAGGAGAGCGUCCCCUCCUUCGCCACUUCACUCCAGUAUCUUAGUCUCAGGUUACAGGGCUGCAGACCCCUCACUUGCCUUUGCCAUGUGACUGACAGGGUACACAAGGGGUGCCCUGUGAUCUCAGGCUUUGAAAGAGCACCAUCUUGAACAUAGGAAGAGUAUCAAUGGCACUGAAUGAAUGUAGAAUUAUUGAUUGCUGUCCAAGAAACACUGGAAAGCACCCCGUCCCCUGCCAGGCCUCACGCUCUCCCUGUACCUCGGGGAAGCCUCACCUAGUGUCCAAGCAUGGACCUGAAGAGGGGACUGCAGCCUGGCUCUUGGGAGGGUGAGGGCCAGCAAGGCUGCUGCUCAGGGCCCAUCAAGCUUCCUGUGGGUCUGCGCUCCAGCAUGGUGGGGGUGGGGACAGCAGGUGCUGUAGUCUCUAAGGUGUGAGACAGAACUACAGCGAGAUACUGGGAUGUUGAGGAAUUUAUCUCACCUUAUUUCUGUAUUUCACGUUUAGAAUUCUACUAAAGUUUUGUUCCAUGGGACAAGCAUUUAAAGAGAAAACAGAUUAUAUUAAAUUCCAAAUGCA